AUGUUGGAGUCAUCUGCUCUAAUUCCUCUCUGGCUCUUCAUGAUGGUCUGGUUCGGUUGUCUGGAGAGAGACAGUCGGGGGUCCAUCAGGCUGGUGGGUUCUGGGGGAGACUGUGCAGGGAGGCUGGAGGUUUUUCACAGUGGCUCAUGGGGGACAGUGUGUGAUGACUCCUGGGAUAUUAAAGAUGCUCAUGUGGUGUGCAGACAGCUGCAGUGUGGAGUGGCCCUCAGUAACCAGCAGGUACCAGCCUGGUUUGGUCCUGGUUCUGGACACAUAUGGCUGGAUGAGGUGGAGUGUGAGGGGAAUGAGACGUCCCUGUGGAGCUGCUCUUCUCCAGGCUGGGGAAAACAUGACUGUCAACACAAGGAGGAUGUAGGAGUCAUGUGCUCAGAGUUUAAAGAGAUCAGGUUAACUGAGGGCUGUGAAGGGAAUCUGGAGGUUUUCUACAAUGGAUCCUGGGGUAAUGUGUGCUGGAACCAGAUGGACAGAGACACAGUGAGUCUGAUCUGUCAAGAGCUGAACUGUGGAAGAUCUGGCAGUGAACCCAGUUAUUCAGAGGGACUGAAGUCUUAUAAUUGGCUUGACAAUCUUAAAUGUCGACGACAUGACUCCACUUUAUGGCAGUGUCCAUCUUCACCCUGGGGAAAGAAUGACUAUGAUAAUGAAGUGGCCAAAAUCACAUGCUCAAGGAGUCUCAUCUCUGAAGAACUGCAUUCUGGGUAUGAAGAUGCUGAUGAGUUUCUCUCAGAGUCUCAGUCUCAAGAUCUGAAGCUUUUGUAUCCAAACAUAUUGUCUGUUGAUGCAGAAGAGAUGAUGAAGGAAAUCACUCUGGGAUACUAUGAUGAUGUCAUCACUGAUGGACUGAAGCCAGAUCGUUGGGGGUCCAUCAGGCUGGUGGGUUCUGGGGGAGACUGUGCAGGAAGGCUGGAGGUUUUUCACAGCGGCUCAUGGGGGACAGUGUGUGAUGACUCCUGGGAUAUUAAAGAUGCUCAUGUGGUGUGCAGACAGCUGCAGUGUGGAGUGGCCCUCAGUAACCAGCAGGUACCAGCCUGGUUUGGUCCUGGUUCUGGACACAUAUGGCUGGAUGAGGUGGAGUGUGAGGGGAAUGAGACGUCCCUGUGGAGCUGCUCUUCUUCAGGCUGGGGAAAACAUGACUGUCAACACAAGGAGCAUGUAGGAGUCGUGUGCUCAGAGUUUAAGGAGAUCAGGUUAACUGAGGGCUGUGAAGGGAAUGUGGAGGUUUUCUACAAUGGAUCCUGGGGAAAUUUAUGUUACAACCAGAUGGACAUAGACACAGCAAGUAUGAUCUGUCAAGAGCUGAACUGUGGAAGAUCUGGCAGUGAACCCAGUUAUUCAGAGGGACUGAAGACUCAUAACUGGCUUGAUUAUUUUAAAUGUCGACGACAUGAUUCCACUUUAUGGCAGUGUCCAUCUUCACCCUGGGGAAAGAAUGACUGUAAUAAUAAGGAUGAAGUGGCAAAAAUCACCUGCUCAAAGGAGGAGAAUCAGGAGUCUCCUCGGAGUCUUCUGACAUGUUCAAUCUCACAAUCUCCUCACCAGAAACAGUGUUCAGUCUAA